AUGUCUCAGCUGCUGUAUGCGUCCGGAGUGUAUGAGUGGAAGUGCACUCAGCAGCAGCAGCAGCAGCCGCAGCAGCAGCAGCCGCAGCAGCAGCAGCAGCAGCAGCAGCAGGAGCAGCAGUUUGCUGCUGCAAGAGCAGCACACGAACCUCUAUGUAAGGAACAAGAAGCAGCUAUGGGGGUCCUCUUUUCAGUUAUGAGCUGCAGCGAGUUUGCCUUUGCUGCUGCUGCAGGUUUUGCUGUUGAUAUGUUAGGCCCUAAGAUAGCAGCAGCAACAGCAACAGCAGUUGCUGCUACUGGGGGCUGCUGUCUCCUUGUGCUUUUUAUCUUACCCAACAAGCCGUUCACACCGCAGAAGCAGCAGCAGCAGCAGCAGCAGCAGCAAGGGCUGAAAGACAAACCCCUAGACAGCGACUAUGAGCAGCAGCAGCAACAGAAGCAGCAGCAGCAGCAGCAACAAGCAGCAAACAAAUCUUCACAUCAAAAUUCUAUACAAACGCAAGACACUAACACAUCCUUGCAGCUCCUGCCGCAGCAGCAGCAGCAGCAGCAGCAGCAACAAGUGCACCCGUUGGAGGAAGUAGAGAUGCAGCAGCAGCAAAAGGAGCAGCAAGAGCGAGACCCGGAACUGCAGCCGCAGCAGCAGCAGCAGCAACAGCAGCAACAGCCGCAGCAGCAGCAAAUAGAGCUGCAGCAAGUCAAUGUUCAGCAACCACAACAGGAGAAGCAGCAGGAGCAGCAGCAGCAGCAGGAGGAGGAGGAAGAGAAGCUGUCUCUUGUUUCAGAGUUGUUUAGUGUUAGUUUUAUUGUAGGAAGCUUAUCUUUUGCGUGUCAUUCAUGA